CCGUUGAAGCUGCUCGGGUUUCGAUUCAUCAGACCUAGCGGCGUGUGGCUCAGGUUUGCGAUUAGCUGAGUUUCAAAACACCAAAAAGCUCAUUUUAGUUAAGUUGGUUUAGUUAAUUCGGGUUAGUUAGAAUUAGCUUAUCUGUUGAUCGAUAAAAAAUGGCCGGGGAGUCGGUGAAAUUGUCUAAAAACCUGAUGAGGAUGAAGUUUAUGCAGAGAGGACUGGACGCUGAAACGAAGAAGCAGCUGGAAGAAGACGAGAAAAGGAUAAUCAGUGAUGAGCACUGGUACCUGGAUCUGCCGGAGCUUAACGCAAAAGAGAACCUGAUCAUUGAGGAGAAGAGCCUGGUUCCCUGUGAGGAUUUGCUCUAUGGCCGCCUGUCCUUCAAAGGGUUUAAUCCAGAGGUGGAGAAACUGAUGGUGCUGCUGAAUCCUAAAGAUGAAAAGGAGGAAGAGGGGGAGGACGUGAGCCGCAUGCAGACAGACGUCACUGAUGAAGAAAUGGCUCUGAGGUACGAGAGUUUAGUGGGAACCAUGAAGAAGAAGUUUGCAAAGAAGCGUGAGCGAGCAGCGAUGGACGAGGACGACGUCAACCAGAACGUAGUUGUGAAAAACUCAAAAAAAGCCUUCUUGAAACCCCAGGACUGAAAAUAUUUUAAUCAUGAGGAAAAACAGGAACGUCGGAAACUAUAAACUGAACGUGCG